AUGUCGCGCUACGGUUUAUCGAUAUGGAGUUCUCCCGAUCAGGCUGAAUCUGACAUCGUUUUUGUUCACGGUUUACGCGGUCAUCGCGAGCAGACGUGGACUAAGGACGGUGUUCUAUGGCCAAGAGAUCUCCUUGCCCCCGACCUUAAAAAAUGUAGGAUUAUGAGCUUUGGAUAUGACUCGGCUAUUGUCCACUCAGAUACCGCCGAGGUCACCCAAGGAAGCCUUGCAACUGUCGCUCGUAGCCUCUGUAGCUCGCUCAGUACAGAGCGAUCUGCGCCAGAGAUAGCUGGGCGACCCAUUCUGCUUGUGGCUCACAGUCUCGGUGGACUUGUUUGCGCUACUGCAGUUGUGCUCGGCGACCGAAACGCCGCAGGAGACAAUGUCGAGGUCAUUGCACAAUGUAUCAAAGGCAUUAUAUUCCUGGGGACACCCUUUGGGGGCUCAAACCUAGCGAAGUGGGCUGAACUUGUGCGUCGAAUAUUCGAUACGAUGAAGAAAACGGAUCAAACGACACUCAAGUCUCUUCAUCAAAACUCGCAUGAAUUGAAAGAUCUAGGGAGCGCUUUUUCUGAUGUAGUAAGAAAACGCAACAACGGGCAGAACAAAAUCAAAAUUGUGUUUUUCUACGAGGAGCUUGAUACCUACGGGCAAAGAGUUGUUGAGGAAAAGUCGGCGUCCUAUCCCGGUCUUGGAGAGACACUACCGCUUCGCUCUAACCACCUGAACAUGUGCAAAUUCGCAUCUAAGGAUGAGAACGAGUACAAGAUUGUGCGUGCGAAGAUCCUUGAGCUAGUUUCUGAUAAGAACAAAAAUACCGUAGCUGUGAAGCCCUUCAGCACUACGUUCAACAAUUACGACCAGGUGAUCAAUCAGUCCGGAGGAGAUAUGAAUAUUGGACAGCAGAGUUUCCAAUUCUAA